ACUAUAUAGUGUCAGAGCUCAGCGCUGUUUGUCAAUGAGCGUGGCAAAGUGACUGUUCGCUCCUUCUGACAACCUUCUAUUGCAACUUACUUGUGACACUUACAUACACCAAGUCUCUUGUACUUCUCAAAAAGGUGCCAAUCGGUCAUUGACAGGUCACUUGAGAAGUGUCCAUUCAUGACUCAUGCAUACAUGAACAUCUGACCAUGAAUGAUAAAGUACGUACUUAUUAAGCCGCAGUGAUGGAACUCCGUCCUUCCUACCGAGGGCAUUUAUAGUACUGAUUAUCAGUGAUUAUCUCAAGAUUUAUCUUUUCUUUACAUUCUGUGCAACUGACUCCAUCAUGGCGAACCAGCUGACCCUUCCUACUCUCGAUAAACUCAGAAGUUCAGUUUCUCCCGAUGUCGAUGUUCAAGCGGUAGCCGGUCAAUGGUUCUCAGCUUUCACGGAAGCGAUCCAAUCGAAGAAUGUACCAGCAGUUAUAGAUCUCCUUGUCGAUGAUGUCUUCUGGCGCGAUAUCCUGGCCCUCACAUGGGACUUUCAUACCUUCCAAAGCACCCCUGCUGUUGAAAAAUUCCUCAUAGAUCAACUCCCACUGUUUACUUUGUCUUCUUUCACGCUCAAGAAAGAUCUUGUAGAGCUUCAGAGACCAUAUCCCGAUCUCGCAUGGAUUCAGGCAUUUUUUGACUUUGAAACUACAGUCGGAAUUGCCUCUGGGGUGUUCCGACUUGUACCACUUGCGGAUGGUUCAUGGAAGGCCCAUGCGAUCUUCACGAACUUGGAAGAUCUCAAAGGUUUCCCUGAACAGAACGGUCCCAGGCGAGACCACCAGCCAAACCACGGAAAGUGGGCCGCGAAGCGUGCACGUGAGAUUGAGUGUCUCGACGAAGAGCCCAGCGUCAUAAUUAUAGGAGGCGGGCAGAGCGGGCUCGAUGUUGCAGCGCGGCUUAAGAUGCUUGGCAUGAAGAGUCUAGUGGUGGAGAAGAAUGAGAGAAUCGGUGAUAAUUGGAGGAAGCGUUAUGCAGCGCUUUGCCUUCACGAUCCCGUCUGGUAUGACCACAUGCCAUACAUUCCCUUCCCCUCCUCAUGGCCUGUAUAUACCCCCGCACUAAAACUCGCAGAUUGGUUGGAAUCAUAUGCACACAGUAUGGAGCUCGAUGUUUGGACCAGUGCCACCGUGAUGUCCGUCAUUCCGGGUACGAAGGGGAAGAAAUGGAGUGUCGCAGUGCAACGUGCAGACGGAAGGGAGCGGACCUUUGAGGUCAAUCAUGUCGUAUUUGCCUUGGGCUUCGGCAGUGGUGUGGGAAGAAUCCCAGAUAUCCCAGGGCAGGACGAGUUCAAGGGGCAGAUAUUGCAUUCCAGCAAACACAACCUUGCGACUGAUCACGCAGGAAAGAAGGUUGUUGUUGUUGGGGCGUGCACGUCUUCUCACGACAUAUGUGCCGACUACGCUGAAAAUGGCAUUGAUAUAACUAUGGUUCAACGUGGCCCGACUUACAUCAUGACCAAUAAGGAGGGGAUGCCGAGGUUAAUGGCGAUGUUCUGGGAGGGUGGCCCUCCAACUCAUAUUGCAGAUCGCACGAGCGCGUCUUUUCCGAAUUCGCUGGUCAAGUUACUGCACCAACGCCUUACGAAGGAGAUUGCUGAGGCGGAUAAGGAGCUUCUUGAUGGGCUGCGAAAACGAGGCUUUAAGUUAACAUUUGGCGAGGACGACUCUGGCUUUUUGCUUAUGGCGUGGAAUAAGGGAGGAGGAUAUUAUCUCGACGUUGGAGCUUCACAGAUGAUCGUCGAUGGAAAGAUCAAACUCAAGAGCGACGGGCCAAUCUCGCGCUUUACGCAGACAGGUUUGCUUUUCGAAGACGGUUCCUCUCUCGAUGCGGACGUGAUCAUCUUCGCUACUGGGUACGCUGAUCCACGUGCUACCUAUCGUGCGCUGCUUCCGGAGUCCUUGCAUGACAAGUUGCAUCCUAUCUGGGGCCUUGACAAAGAAGGAGAGUUGAACAGUGUCUGGCGCGAAGUCGGUGGGCGCGGCAAGGAGGGAGAAGCACUGAAUGGUAUAUGGUGCAUGAUGGGGAACUUGGCGCUUUGCAGGUUCCACUCCAAGCAUCUCGCAUUGCAAAUCAAAUCAUACGAAGAGGGUGUUUUCGGGACGAGGUAUCAAUGAAAGGCGCUUCGCUAUACUAGGGGAUUGAGGAAUGUAUCGUGGGGCCCACAGCUAGGUCUCACUGUGUCACAGACGACGG